AUGGAGUCACAGAAAAGACAAAUAAAAAUUGGACUGAACUGCAACUGCAAUUUCGCGUGGCUCCUUGAAGGGAUUUUUGGAACAGGGAAUAAUUCAUUCCAUCAAUCAAGAUCUGUUCUUAGCUCUUCUGUUUUCUGGAUGAAGAUGAAGGCGAGUUGCGUUCUGUUAGCGUUUUUGUUGUUAUUUGAAUCUCUAGACGUAUAUGCUUUGGCUUCCCCUUCCACUGUGCCCGCCUUUCUUUGGUCUCCUCAUCUCAAUCAGUUGCAAUCUGAUAAUGUUUUAGAUUAUCAAACAAUAUCUCCGAAGGAUCUGGCAAAGUCUGUUCUUUCUCAAGGGGGCUGGUCUGAUUUAUUGUGCUCAAGGAAGCAAUCUUCCCAAUCUGUUGAUGUGGCACUUGUUUUUGUUGGUAGAGAGUUGGAAUCUUCUCAUGUUGCUGGGAACAAACAUGCUGACUCAGCUUUGGUAGACUUGCUCAAGGUCUCUUUUACGAGGUCAAAUUUUUCCGUGGCGUUCCCAUAUGUUGCUGUAUCAGGGGAGGAAACAAUGGAGAAUUUGUUGGUUUCAGAGUUUACAGAAGCUUGUGGGGAUGAUCUGAGAAUCAACAAUGUCGCAUUUUCAGAGUCCUGUGCUGUAGAGGGUGGCAAUUUUCAGAAGCUUGCAGACUUGCACUCAGUUCAGGAUCAUCUGCUUUCAAGAAUGGAGAAGAAAACAGAGGGGCAAGCUAAUUUGGUUGUCUUCUGCUAUGAUGGCACUAAAUCUGAGAAUCAACUUGACCAACCACAUCCCGAAAGUGAGGUUAUCUCGGGGCUUAUUCAUUCUGUGGAGCAGUCAGGGGCAAAGUACACAGUUCUUUAUGUUUCUGAUCCUGUUAGGUCUAUUCAGUAUCCUACUUAUCGGGAGCUAGAAAGGUUUCUUGCUGAAGGUGCUGUAGGAAAUGGGUCAGCGAAUUCCACUGGCUGUGAUGAAGUUUGCAAGUUUAAGUCAUCGCUUCUUGAGGGAAUUCUAGUUGCGAUUGUUCUGCUUCUAAUUUUAAUAUCAGGCCUUUGCUGUAUGAUGGGCAUUGACACGCCGACAAGAUUUGAGGCACCCCAUGAAUCUUAAUUAAUUGUUUGUGCAAGAUAAUAGCUUAAUGUUAUGGGUUGCCAGGGUCUUCUUUUGCAGGGACUGGCAAAAGGUAUUGGUCAUUUGUUAUAUAUAGUUGCAGUCAGUAGUGAUGCAGAUGCUAUCUUGUAAUAUUUGUUUACCUAUUUCAAUUCACAUUUGGUUAUGUUACUAAUGGAGAGACCCUUCAUAUCAACACGGCAUAUUUGUUCUCUUUCUCCUUGUGUUUCUGAAAUAGGGAUUCAUAUCUUGCACUGGGUAGGGUUUGUAGCAGUGAUAUUAAAUAGCCUCAUUGGUAUUGUAAUUGAUUUCACUGUAGGUCAUAUUUUUUGCUAUUUUGUGAAAAUAAAUUAUUCAA